AUGGGAUUAACUAAAGACUUCUUAAAAUUUCAACAAUCGGGCUUUUUUAAUUUACUCGCUUCUCCUAAUGGAAUGGUUCAAUUUGUUGAUAGUGUUACUUGUGCUGUUGCUGCAGCUGAAAAUGUUUCUUUUUACAAUAUGCGAACAUUGGCAAAGACAAAACAAAUUCGUUUUGAAGGAAGAAUCGUUACUUCUUUUGCAUUGACGAAGGAUAAAUCGAAAAUUGCUGUUGGGUAUGAUAAUGGUCCCCCGAUUGUUUUUAAUGGACACAAAACAGGAGUAAAUUGUUUGGCUUUUAGUGACGAUGGUUUUAUCUUGGCUAGUGGAGGAAAGGAUUCGGUUAUUGCUCUAUGGGAUGUGUUAAAUGAAUCUGGUAUUUGCAGUUUAUUUGGCCACAAAGGAACAAUAACUCACCUGCGUUUUGUACAGAAUGAAUUAUAUCUGGUUUCGAGUUCUAAAGAUACGCAGAUUCGCUUUUGGAGUCUUCUAAACAAAUGUUGUUUUUAUUUACUUGCUGAAAGUCAAUCAGAAAUAUAUUCAUUUGCUUUUCUAAAUAAGGAGAAUUUACUAGUUGUUGCAAAUUCUGAAAUUGAAUUAUCUGUAUUUGAACUUAAAUGGAAUAAAGAAAUUAAAGAAGAGAAUGAUGAUGAGGAAAUAUUAGAUGAUUUGAAUGUAAAAAGAAUAUGUUCAGAAGAUGUUAACAAUAAUGAUAAUGAAUUACUAAAGGAUCAAGCAAAUGUACUAAAGGAUCAAGCAAAUAAAGUUUUACAGUGCAAAAAACGCGGUUCACUCUUACGACAAGCUAAAGGCCGUGCUCUUCAAUUAAGUGUCUCUAGUGAUGAGGCUAUUUUAUGUUGUGUAGGUGCUGAUUCUUUGGUUGAUAUUUACAGGUUUUUUUGUUUGUUUAAUUAUUUUAAGAAUAUUUUAAGAAAUUUUACGGAAGAGGAAAGUAGUAAACGAUUUAGAAGAAAAUUAAGAAAACUCCGCCAACGCUUGGAAAUUCAAGAAAAUGAAGAAAAUAAAGACGAUUUAUCUACUCAAAUGUUAAAAUUGGAAAAUGAAGUGCGCAAAGAUAUUACAACAAUUAUUGCUAGAAUAGGGGAUUACAGAGCUGAUUCAAAAGUUAAAUGGAUUGAUAUUUGUGAUUCUUUUACUGUUUUGCCUAAUGGACGAACAAGAGAAUAUAGAUUUUAUUGUCUACUUAAAUCUAAUAAUGUUUUGGGUGUUUCUAUUCGUGUUGAUUGGAAAAACAGUGCUACAGAGUCUUUUCUUCUAACUAGUUUGGGACAGCGUGUUCAUAGAACGGAUAUUCGUGCUCUUGCAAUUUCUUCAAAAUCUGAUAUAAUUGUAACUGGAUCAAAUGAAUCUGCAAUAGUUUGGGAUUUACAAGAAUUGGUAUCUUUAAAUAAAUUGAUUGCUGAUGGUCUUCAACAGAUUUCUGCUGCUCUGCUUUUUGCUAAUGAUACACAAUUAAUUUUGGGAACUAGAACUGGAUCGUUGUUCUUAUUUAAUUUAAAAACUUGUGAAUUAAUUGAAAAAAGUGAUUCUGUUCAUGAUUCUAUUACUGGACUUUGUGCAUUUCCAAAUAAGGAUGGAUUUGUUUCAUUUGGUCAGGAUAAAAAAGCAAGAUUUUGGUGUUUUGAAAGAGCAAAAGAUUCUUCUGAUCGUGAUUAUUUAUCAAUUCGAUCCAAGCGUGUACUAGAACUUCAAGAUGAACCUUUAUGCGCUGCAAUUUCCCCAAAUGGCAAAUUUAUUGCAUUUGGCCUUUUAGACAAUACUUCAAGAGUUUUCUUUAUGGACAGCCUUAAAUAUUUUGUAUCGUUAUAUGGGCAUUCAUUGCCCAUUUAUUGUAUUGAUAUUUCACAUGAUAACAAAUUAAUAAUUACUGGUUCUGGAGAUAAGUCUGUGCGAAUUUGGGGACUUGAUUUUGGAGAUUGUCAUCGUUCUUUGUUUGCUCAUGAUGGAAACAAUGGGAUGCUUUAA